CGACCGCCCCCGUCCGCUCGCGGCGAAGGGGUGGGGGUGGGGCUUGGCGUCCCCCGCCCCGUUACCAGGCAACGGGAUGCCCGGCGUGAAGCUCUGAGCGGAAUGCAGUUGGGACAGACAUCUUGAGCAGUAGAAAUGAGCCCCGAAAAGCAUGGCGAGGAAGAGGAGGAAGUUGACUCCGUUCUCCUUUCAGCGUCCAAGAUCCUAAAUUCCUCUGACGGGGUAAAGGAAAGUGGUGGCAGUGAAACAGAAUAUGGUUGCAUAUCAGAAUCAGAAAAUCAAAUCCAACCACAAUCAGCAUUGAAAGUCCUUCAGCAUCAGUUGGAAUCAUUUCAAGCACUACGAAUGCAGACUUUGCAGAAUGUUAGCAUGGUACAGUCUGAAAUCAGUGAAAUAUUGAACAAAAGUAUUAUUGAAGUAGAAAACCCACAAUUUAGCUCAGAAAAAAAUCUAGAAUUCGGCACAUGCAUUGGAAAGGAUUUGCCUAUCAAGAAUCAAGAAGAAAUCCUUUCUGUGGAGAAAAUUCAUCAUUUUGAGGAUUCCAGGACUCUUCAUUCAGUAGAAGAAAGAUUCAGUAGCAAUAGUGUUAAUAGUCUCUCUCAAAGUAUAAAUAUCCCAUCCCAGAAAGAUUUCAAGGACAAAUUCACUCUGAGAACUUCAACAGAUAAUUCAGCUUCAAACAUAAUUAUGAACCCUUCAGAAGAUUCUGACAUGUUGAGUAAUUAUAAUAACCUUUAUGGUUUUCUACCUACUCCAUCUCAAAAUGUGAUGUCUCAAACUGAUACAGUAAUUCUGGAUAAAUCCAAAAUUACUGUGCCUUUUCUCAAGCAUGGAUUUUGUGAAAAUUUAGAUGACAUUUGCCACUCUAUCAGACAAAUGAAGGAGGAGCUUCAAAAGUCACAUGAUAGAGAACUCACACUUGCAAAUGAACUUCAAACUUUAAAGACGGACACAAAUAUUCAAAGUAAUGGUAAAUAUGACCUGUCCCCCAUUCACAAGGAACAAAUUAACUUUAUUAAGAAAGAAAACAUAGACAGUAACUUAAACGAAGAUAUAAAAUCAAAGAGAAUUUUAGAAUUAGAGGAAUUAGUAAAUAAAUUACUCCCACUCAGGGAAACAGUGUCAAAAUUGCAUGUGAAUUUUUGUAGGAAAUGUAAAAAAUUAUCUAAGAGUGAAAUACAAAGGGGAAAGAAGCAUGAGAAAAACAAUAAAGAAAUUCCUAUCACUGGCAAAAAUAUUACAGAUGUAAAAUUUCAUUCCAGAGUUCCAAGACAUACACUGUCAUUUCUUGACCAAAUAAAACAUGAAGUAAAAGACAAGGAAAGACAGUCAUGUGUAGUAAAACACGGAUCAAUAAUAUUUGAAAAUGAGAAAACACCCAAAGUCAAUUCUGUUACCGAGCAGUGUGUUGCAAAAAUUCAGUACUUACAGAAUUACCUAAAGGAAUCUAUGCAAAUACAGAAAAAAGUAACAGAACUAGAGAAUGAAAAUCUAACCCUUAAGGCCAAAAUAAAACCUCUUGUCUUUACCACACAAUCACUUAUACAGAAAAUUGAAACAUAUGAAAAGCAACUUAAGAACUUGGUUGAAGAAAAGAGCACUAUUCAGACCAAGUUAAUUAAAACAGAAGAAGAUGGCAAAGAAUGCCUUAAAGAAUUAAAAAAAAUAAUUAGUAAAUAUAAUGUACUCCAAGGCCAAAAUAAAACUCUAGAGGAAAAAAAUAGUCAACUUUCUCUGGAGAAGCAACAAAUGAUAGAAGCAUUAGAUCAACUAAAAAGUAAGGAACACAAAACUCACAAUGAUAUGGCCAUUGUCAAUAAUGAAAAUAAUCGAAUGAGUAUAGAAAUGGAAGCAAUGAAAACAAAUGUUCUAUUGGUACAGGAUGAGAAAGAAAUGUUAGAGAAAAAAACAUACCAGCUUCUAAAGGAGAAAAGCUCACUUGAAAAUGAACUAAAAGAAAACCAGCUAGAGAUCAUGCAGCUAAAAGAGAAAGAAAGAUUGGCAAAAACUGAACAAGAGACACUUCUUCAAAUAAUAGAAACAUUUAAAGAUGAAAAACAUAAUCUUGAAACAACAUUACAAGAAUCUACUGCUGCUAGACAAAUGAUGGAAAGAGAAAUUGAGAACAUUCAAACCUAUCAAUCUACUGCAGAAGAGAAUUUUCUGAAAGAAAUAAAAAAUGCUAAAUCAGAAGCAAGUAUUUAUAAGAAUAGUUUGUCAGAAAUCAGCAAGGAAUGUGAAAUGUUAUCAAAUAUGGUAAUGGAGAUUAAGAAUGAUAAUCAGAUUCUAAAAGAAGAACUGAAGAAACAUAGUCAAGAAAAUAUAAAAUUUGAAAACAGCAUCAGUAGGCUUACUGAAGACAAAGUACUUCUAGAAAACUAUGUAAGAAGUAUAGAAAAUGAAAGAGAUACCUUGGAAUUUGAGAUGCGGAAUCUUCAACGAGAAUAUUUAAGUUUAAGUGAUAAAAUCUGUGGUCAGCAUAAUGAUCUGUCAAAAACGGCUUACAUUUCAAGAAGAGAGAAAUUCCAUUUUGACAACUAUGAUACUUAUAAAGACACUUCCGGUCCUAGGAAUAGGCCUUUUGCUCCUGAUUUGAAAGGAAUUCCAAGUAAACUGUGUCAAUUGCUUCCAUCCAAGAUAUGUAAAUAAAUUUCUAAAAUCAAUGUUUCAAAAG